AGGACCUUUGAAUACGUGAAACACGAUACACACGCGAUACGACAUUCAACUCGUCACUGUGUUACAUUCUUUACAAUACAUGACUGAAGAAACAGGCUGAAGGGUUAAGGUGGACAAAUUCAGAAGAAUGAUUUAUUUCAAAGUUAUUCUACGACUUUGUUUCGCUUUGUUUCAUUUAGUGGGAAAUGUGCAUAUGUAUUCAAUUGUGAAACGUCAAGUGCCGAAUUUUCAGUGGUAUCAAGCCGGUCAUGUGACAUCCCACAAGAUAACCGAGGCGUCUGGACUUGCUGCAAGUCGUAAACAUCCGGGAGCUAUUUAUACUCACAAUGAUCAUGGGGGCGCUGCUGAAAUCUACGUCAUUAAUGCUUUAACUGGAGAAAAAGAGGCUACACUUACAAUAAGUGGCGUCACGUCAAAUGAUUGGGAGGAUAUAGCUCUCGGGAAAUGUCACCCUGAUCCGAACAGUGGCUUUUGUAUCUAUAUAGGCGACUUUGGUAACAGUGGCAAGGGAGCUCUGAAUAAUAUUUACAGAGUUACUGAACCUGAUGAUCUAAGCAGUCAAACAAUACAUGUUGGUUCAAACGAUAAAUUAGAGUUCUCAUGGAACUUUGAUGAUUGUGAGACGUUGAUGGUGGACCCAAGUGCCAAUCUGUUCAUAAUUUCCAAAGUUUCAAACGGUCACGGUACUAUUGCUCAGCUGCCAAAUUCUGCUUGGGGUUCGAGCUCGAGAGUUUCUUUAAGCUCCACGGCGGUAGUUAACAUUGAAUCAGGCUCGAAUGAUCCUGUUGGUGGUGAUAUUUCUCCGAAUGGGAAUGAGGUUCUUGUAAAGACCCAUCACAAUAUCUAUUAUUGGAAUUUACACGGUUCAAAUGACUAUUUAGCCACGCUACAGACACCUGGGACAAAAUUAGCAUAUAAAGAUGAGCCCCAAGGGGAGGCCGUUUGUUGGGACGCAACUGGGCUCGGAUACUACACUCUCAGUGAGGGACAAGAUCAAAUUCUUUAUCACUACGUCAAAUGAUACUACACUCUUAGUGAGGGACAAGAUCAAAUUCUUUAUCACUACGUCAAAUGAUAAUCCUUGUGAAAAUAUAACAUGUAUUUAUUUUUGACA